CAACAUUGCAACAUCAAGUGUUUUUGCUACCAUCAAAACCCUAAGAAGAAGAAAAAGCUCCAUCCUACGUUAGUUGCACAAAAAUGGCGGAGCGGACGCCUGGCUCUCAAAAAGCGAGCGCUAAGGCGCUGCUUGAGAGCAAACUUAAGUCCUUCAGUAUUGGAAAGAUGUCCGCCGCAAAGAGGACAUUGAGCAGGAAGGAACAAGAUGAAAUAAAGAAAAAAGAGGAUGAGAAAGCAGCAGCAGAAAUCUACGAAGAGUUCCUUGCGGCCUUUGAAGGUGGAACAGAGGGCAAAGUUAAAGCUUUUGUCCGUGGUGGUAUUGCAAACGCUACAAAAGAGGAAGCGGCUGCAGAUGAAAAACGAGGGAAGUUGUACAAGCCCAAGUCACGUUUUGAGGGUCAAAGUAACAAGACUAGUUUCUUGCCUUUGGAAACACCGCCCCAGUUUUUAGCUAUAGACAAAAGACAGGCGUUGAAAAAAGGGAAUGAAAAGGAGAAGAAAAAGAGCAACUUAGAACUUUUCAAAGAAGAACUCAAACAAAUACAAGAAGAACGGGACGAAAGACACAAGCUGAAGGGUCGCGUCAGUCGUUUUGAGCCUCUCCUGUCCUCAGAGGGAAGACGUUCAUCGGAUGGUUCUUCAAGGAGAAACCGUCCGUCCAGUGUUUUGGACGAUUCUGCGCCAGGUUCCCAUGAUGUCGGAGACCCGUCCACUACAAACUUGUAUCUUGGAAACAUCAAUCCACAGAUGAAUGAAGAGAUGCUGUGUCAGGAGUUUGGCCGGUACGGCCCAUUAGCCAGUGUGAAGAUCAUGUGGCCCAGGACAGACGAGGAAAGGGCUCGGGAGAGGAACUGUGGCUUUGUGGCUUUCAUGAAUAGGAGGGAUGCUGAGCGAGCUCUCAAGAACCUGAAUGGAAAGAUGAUAAUGAACUUUGAGAUGAAAUUAGGAUGGGGCAAAGGUGUGCCUAUUCCUCCCCACCCCAUCUACAUCCCUCCUUCCAUGAUGGAGCACACACUCCCACCACCUCCCUCUGGGCUCCCCUUCAACGCACAGCCACGGGAGAGAUUAAAGAAUCCCAGUGCUCCCAUGCUUCCUCCACCGAAAAACAAGGAGGAGUUUGAGAAGACUCUGUCGCAAGCCAUAGUCAAAGUGGUUAUCCCAACAGAAAGGAAUUUGCUCUCUCUCAUCCACCGAAUGAUCGAGUUUGUGGUGCGUGAAGGCCCAAUGUUUGAAGCCAUGAUCAUGAACAGAGAGAUUAACAAUCCCAUGUACAGAUUCCUUUUUGAGAACCAGAGCCCGGCACAUGUAUACUACAGGUGGAAGCUCUACUCCAUACUACAGGGUGAAGCCCCAGCAAAAUGGCGAACAGACGACUUCAGAAUGUUUAAAAAUGGUUCUCUUUGGCGUCCGCCACCUCUUAAUCCUUACCUACACGGUCCAUAUGAUGAUGGGGAAGAGGAAGAGGAAGAAGAAGAAGCUAACAAAAAAGGCUGUUUGAAAGAAGACGAACGGGACAAACUGGAGGAAAUGCUCCGUGGUUUGACUCCCAGGAGAGGAGACAUCGCCGAGGCCAUGCUGUUUUGUCUCAACCAUGCUGAAGCUGCCGAGGAGAUUGUUGAGUGUGUCGCUGAGUCUCUCUCCAUCCUGAAGACCCCUCUGCCUAAGAAAAUUGCACGGUUAUAUCUGGUUUCUGACGUGUUAUAUAAUUCUUCAGCUAAAGUAGCCAACGCAUCUUACUACAGGAAAUAUUUUGAGGCAAAACUCUGCCAAAUUUUCUCUGACCUUAAUUCAACAUACAAAACAAUACAGGGUCAUCUUCAGUCUGAGAACUUUAAGCAACGAGUGAUGUCCUGUUUCCGAGCCUGGGAGGACUGGGCUGUGUAUCCUGACCCGUUCCUUAUCAAGCUGCAGAACAUCUUCUUGGGUCUGGUCAAUCUCACUGUGGAGAAGGAACAGCCACCCUUAAUUCCAGAGCCUGAGAUAGUGGAAGACAUCGACGGAGCUCCGAUUGGAGACUUUGUGGAUGGACAUCCACUGGAGGAUGUGGAUGGAGUACCCAUCGAAGGAGGACAGAUUGAUGGGGCUCCCAUUGAUGGAGCCCUUCUGGAUGACCUGGACGGUGUUCCAAUCAAACACAUAGACGAUGACCUCGAUGGGAUACCAUUUGAUCAGUCAAAGGAAGCAACAUUCAAGGUGGCACCUUCAAAAUGGGAAGCAGUAGAUGAGGCUGAGUUACAGGCACAAGCUGUAACAACCUCAAAAUGGGAAGCAUUUGAACAAUCAGAAGGAACAAAAAAAAUGGACAGUUACAGCGAUGACGACGACAGGAGCCCUCGCUCCGAUGAUCAGAGUUUCUCUAACCCUGUCAAGAUGUUGGAAAGGAAUGAGGAGAAACGCACCAAACUCAGAGAGAUCGAGGUUAAGGUCAUGAAGUUCCAAGAUGAGCUGGAGUCGGGCAAGAGGCUGAAGAAGCCUGGUCAGAGCAUCCAGGAACAGGUGGAGCAUUACAGGGAUAAACUAUUACAAAAGGAAAAAGAAAAAGAAAAACUUGAACGGGAAAAAGAGAAGGAAAAGAAAGAAAAGGAAAAAGCUGAAGCAAGACUGAAAGAGUUGAAGAAAGAAAAAGAGAAAGAAGACACACCGACCAGGAAAGACAGACAUUUGUCCCCUCCGGUUGAUAGGAAGCGUCGUCACAGUGGGUCACCAAGCCCAUCACGGAGCAGCAGACGGGGGCGCUCUUCCUCACCUCGGUCAGAAAGAUCAGAACGUUCUGAGCGGUCGUUUUCGAAAGACACAUCUUCACGCUCUUCUCACAAAGACUCGCCUCGGUCCAGCAACAAGAAAUCUUCUAAGAGUAUCUGUGGUUCCAGAUCUCCAUCUUUACCUCGGACACCCAAGCGCUCAAGGCGGUCGCGUUCAAGGACGCCCAAGAAACCUGCUAAGAAGUCUCGCUCCAAAUCCAGAUCUCCUCACCGGUCUCACAAAAAAUCGAAAAAAAGCAAACACUGACAUCUUUUUUUCUCUCUUGUUUUUUUCCUCCAUCUUUUUUUCUCUGCAUUGUUUAUGUAAAAAUUAUUGAGACUGAAUGAACAGGCAGCUGAAGAUCUCUGCCCAAACCCUAAUAUUAUAAAUAAUACAGAGGUGAGAGAAUUGCAUGGGUUUCUGUCUGUUGUAUCAAAAAGAUGGAGCUGUUACUGUUUUAUAAUGUACAAAAAAAUAACAAAAGUGCUUGUGCGUCCUGUCAACCUCACAGUAAAAAUCAUCAAUCAUGUGGUAGGCCACCCCCGAUAAUGGGUGUGAUGACAAUAGUCUUACACAGCUGUCAUUUUCUGUUUUUGUAGAUCACAUUAAAAAUAAUUCCUAAUAA